AUGGGCUCGUGCUUGUCGAAGAGCAAGGAGCGGCCGCGUGAUGCGUCCAAAGCACCGCCAGCCGGUGCCGACGCAACUCAGACGGCUCCGGCUGCCGUGCACGCGAAGCCGGCAAGUACAGACGGAGUGAAAGCUGCCGGGCCGUCAAGUCCAGGGAAAGGUGGAAAUGAGGGUUCAGAUGGGGUGGGAGGAGCGGGAGGCGCGGAAGCGGCAGGAACAGCAGGGGGAGCAGCAGAAGGAGCAGGGGCAGCCGCAGGAUCAGAUGCAAAUGCGAGUAGACCAACAGGAACAUCAGCGGGGAAAGAAGCGGAAAAUAACGCGGGUGCUGCUGCCGCAGUCGACGGAGCCGCGUUACAAUUUGCCAAGUACGACAAGAACGACACGACCAUCCCGUUAGGGUUGCGAACGGACUUCGGCUAUAAACGAGACUUUGAGGCGCACUAUAAGCUGGGCAGAGAGCUGGGUCACGGACAAUUCGGCACGACGUACGAGUCGAUUCAGCUAGCCACCGGCGAGCGGGUGGCAGCGAAAGCGAUUGAGAAGAAGCAGGUGCGUUUUAAGCAGGCGUAUAAUAAAACAGAUGAAGCUGCCUAUAGCAGCGGCGGACGUGCGGAGGGAGGUGGCGAUAAUGAAGCUGCGGUUUCAACACAGUUCUCAAAUCCCACUACUCUCUCCGGUCCCCUUCUCCCCCCCCCCCCGUUUCCCCCCCAUCCCAUUCCCCCCUCUCCCCAACCACCGUCUCCCUGCCCACAGAUGAAGCUGCCUAUAGCAGUGGAGGACGUGCGGAGGGAGGUGGCGAUAAUGAAGCUGCUGUCGGGCCAUCCCAACGUGGUGCAGUUCAUUGACGUGUUUGAGGACACCGACUUUGUGUACAUCUGCAUGGAAAUCUGUGAGGGUGGCGAACUCCUUGACCGAAUCCUUAGCAAGCGGGAGAACCGGUAUUCAGAGAAGGAUGCAGCAGGGGUGGUGCGGCAGAUGCUGAGCGUGGUGGCCAAGUGCCAUCUGCACGGGGUCGUGCACCGCGACUUAAAGCCCGAGAACUUUCUCUUCAAGUCCAAGGCAGAGGACGCGCUCCUUAAAGCCACCGACUUUGGCCUCUCGGAUUUCAGAAAACCCGGCAAGCACUUCACAGACGUGGUGGGAAGCGCCUACUACGUCGCACCUGAGGUGCUCAAGCGGCGGUCGGGGCCGGAGAGUGACGUGUGGAGCAUCGGGGUUAUCACGUACAUUCUGCUGUCAGGGAGGCGGCCAUUCUGGGAUAGAACGGAGGCGGGGAUAUUCAACGAGGUGCUGAAGAAGCGGCCUGACUUCAGGGAGAAGCCAUGGCCUAAUGUGUCGUCCAGCGCCAAGGACUUUGUGAAGAAGCUUCUCAAGAAGGACCCCCGCGCCCGACCCACUGCCGCCCAGGCCUUGUCACACAAGUGGGUGAAGGAGGGGGGCGAUGCUUCGUCAGUCCCGCUGGACAUAGCAGUGCUGUCCAACAUGCGCGAGUUCGUCAAGUACUCGCGCCUCAAGCAGAUGGCGCUCAAGGCCCUUGCGACAACACUGGAGGAGAAUGAGGUGCAGGCGUUGAGGGAUCAGUUCAACGCGAUGGACAUUAACAAGGAUGGUACCAUCACGAUUGAUGAGAUCAGACAGGCACUAAGUCACGACCUGCCAUUUGAAGUGAAGGAGUCGAGAGUGCUGCAGAUCCUCCAAGCGAUGGACACCAACUGUGAUGGGAUUAUUGACUUUGAUGAAUUUGUGGCAGCAACGCUGCACGUGCAGCAGCUGGAGGAGGCCGACUCCACCAAGUGGCAGGAGCGCUCGCGAGCCGCAUUCGCCCAGUUUGACCGCGACAACGACGGGUACAUCGAUGCGGAGGAGCUGAGGAUGGCUGCCCAAGUUAAUUUUCCGUUGGAUAACCUGAUAGCAGAAGCCGACACGGACGGGGAUGGCAGAAUCAGCCUGCCCGACCACGGCCACCACCAUCACCACCACCACUGCUGCCCAUCGCCCACCACCCUCAACGCAGCCCAGCGCGCCCUCCUCUCGCUCUUCUCCUUCCUCCGCCUCGCCCCUCUGGCCGACCGCAUGAGGGAGAGCGCGCCCCUCGCCUCUCUCUCCCUCGCGCUCUGCCUUGCUGCCUACGCUGUGCCGCUGCUUGUGCCGCUCGUUGUCCAGAUGCAAUCCCAGCCGUUGGUGGUGCAGAUGCUGCAGACGGGGCUUGUUGCUGCAGCUUUCCCUCUCACUGCUAUCCCAGCAACCAUGGAUGCAUUGGUGGAUAUAGCAGGCGGGGCAGUGAACAUCCACGUGCUCAUGACCGUUGCAGCAUUGGCAUCAGCGGCCAUGGGGAAUGCACUCGAGGGCACUCUGCUGCUCGCUAUGUUCUCCAUCUCCCAUAUAGCGGAGCAUUAUUUCACCGAAAAGGCUCUGGGCGACCUGCGCUCCCUGCAGGACAACAACCCUUCCACUGCUCUGCUCAUCGAUCCCUCGUGCCUCUCUUCUGUCGAUGUGCCGGUGGGGGCUAUGGUGCUGGUCAAAGCGGGCGAGGUGGUCCCUCUAGACGGCACCGUCCGCUUCGGCCGCUCCCUCGUCACCACAGAACACCUCACCGGCGAAGCCCACCCUGUCGAGAAGCUUCCCGGAAACACCCUCCCGGGCGGCUCGCGCACCGUCGACGGCUUCCUCGUCGUGGAAACUUCCCGGAAAUGGUCCGAGUCCACCGUGGCUCGCAUAAUGCAGCUCACAGAGCAAGCCAGGUCCCAAAAACCGCCUCUCCAACGCUGGCUGGAUAAAUUCUCCGAGAAAUACAGUCAAGCCGUGGUGGGAUUGUCGGUGGGAGUGGCUGUGCUAGGCCCUCUGUUGUUCGGAUGGCCGUUGCUCAGCUCGCCAGGGGUGCGGGGGUCACUGUAUCGGGCACUGGCAGUGAUGGUGGCGGCGUCGCCCUGUGCCCUCGCUGUUGCUCCGCUCGCCUACUUCUGUGCUCUCACUGCCUGUGCAGCCAAGGGCAUUCUACUGAAGGGCGGCCAUGCCCUGGACGCCACAGCAGCGUGCGACACAGUGGCGUUUGACAAGACCGGCACGCUCACCACCGGCCAACUCGCCCUGCGCUUCAUCCAACCUCUGCACUCCCACGCACCGCACACCACUCCCUCCCUCCUCACCCCCUCCUCCCCCGUCCCUCCCUCCGACUCCACACCUUCCUCUCCCUCCUCCUCCACCUCCUCUCCCUUCUCUUCCUCCUCCUCAUCCGCCUCUUCCUCGUCCUCCUCUCCUAAUUUCGUUGAAAGCGAGAAAUUCUGGGAAGACUGUGCAAUGGAGGGGACAGGGGGAGUGCGCAGGCACAGUCACGAGUGGGAGGAGACAGGAGUGGUGGUGGAGUGCAGCAGUGCAAGCUGUGAGGCAGAGGCGCUCGCAGUGGCUGCUGCACUCGAGCAAGCAGCCACGCACCCCAUUGCCAGGGCCUUACGGGAAUACGCGGACAGCAGGAGAGCUACUCUCACGGGGGUGAGCGUCGAUCAGCUGCAGCUGGUGCCGGGGCGAGGGCUCACAGCUACCAUCUCUAGCUUGCCUGGCGAGAGCGACAGGUGGGGCCCGCACGAGGCUCGCAUUGGCUCCCUGGAUUUCAUUGCUGAGGUGGCAGAGGAUCGUUGGGCGAGCAGAGCAGCAGCAGGAACAGUACAGGGUGGUGAUGGGUUUGACAGAGAUAAGGCAGCACGAGCAUCAGGAGCAGCAGCAGCAGACACACCAUCAGUAUCCCAGUCAAACCCACCACCACCCCCAACUCUCCCGCCAAGCGACCUAAUCCGAGCAGCUUUGGCAGUGGGGCAAAAGGUAACCCUCUUUCACUUCGAAGAUCAGCUUCGGCCCGGAGCUAAGGAAGUGGUUCGGCAGCUGCAGCAGCAGGGGGGGCUGAGAGUCCAAAUGCUCACUGGGGACCAUGCAGCUUCGGCACACAGGGUAGCAGCAGCGGUGGGGAUAGAGGGAGGGGAAGUUGAGGCGGGGUUGAGACCGGAAGAUAAGCUGAGGGCGGUUGAGGAGAUGACUGGGAGGAUGGGGAGGGAGGGGAGGGGAGGCGUGCUGAUGGUGGGGGAUGGGAUCAACGACGCGCCUGCUCUGGCUGCUGCCACGGUUGGGGUGGUGCUGGCAGAGCGAGCGAGUGCAACAGCAGUGGCAGCAGCAGACGUGCUUCUAUUGAAGGACAAUAUCUCAGAGCUCCCGUUCCUAGUAGCCAAGGCUCGGCAAACCACCCUCAUUGUGAAGCAGAGCGUGGCUCUCGCACUCACAUGCAUUCUGCUCGCACUCCUCCCCGCCCUUCUGGGGCACAUGCCUCUCUGGCUCACGGUGUUGCUUCAUGAGGGUGGUACCCUUUCAAUUUGCCUCAACUCAAUCAGAGCACUCACCCCGGCGCCUCUUCACCACCCCGACCUCACAUCUCCCCUGCUCCCCUCUCCUUCCCACUUGUUCUCGUUACAAAUGCUACCUCAGGUGUUGCUUCACGAAGGUGGUACGCUUCUAGUUUGCCUCAACUCUAUUAGAGCGUUCAACCCGGCGCCUCUUCGCCGCCCCGGCCUCACAUCGCACUUGCUGCAGCGAGCCCAAUUGCUGCUGCAGAGGCUGGUGGGUCAGCAGGAUGCUAGUACCAUCGGUAAUGGAGCAGCUGCUAAGGGGGGUGUUCCCACAGCAGGAACGCCUUAA